UCUUUCCCCCAGGAGCCCUGGUUAAGGAGGCCGAUGGUAAAGAAGCCCAGACCAUAAGCGUGGACAUGAGAAACACCCACUUGGUCCUGAAGUGCCCAAAGCCUUCAACCUGGAAAAAAGACCAGGUGGAGCUCCCUGGAAAUGUUUCGGAACUUGACCUGGGCCCGAGCGUGAACGACCCGAGAGGAGUCUACACGUGUUCUAGCGACAACAACAAUCACGUCAUGAAAGUGCACGUCCGAAUGUGCCAGAACUGCAUCGAGCUGGACGCAGCCACCAUCUCCGGCAUCGUGAUCGCCGACAUCAUCGCCACCAUCUUCCUGGCAAUUGCUGUGUACUGCAUCACUGGCCAGGAGAGGGGCCAUCUGUCUCGAGCCUCAGACAGACAGAACCUGAUUGCGAACGAACAGCUCUACCAGCCCCUGGGUGAGCGGGACGACGGCCACUACAGCCGCCUUGGCGUCACCAGGACCCGCAAGUGAGCAGGAGAGUGCUGGGGCCGAUUCACUCCUCCGCAUAGAGCAGAGCUAGAGCAGAGUCCCGCUGCCCUCAGCCCAGACCACAGAGCCUUCCUGUAGCCGGCGUCCACAGCCACAGGCUCCAUGUCAGCCCGGCUCAUAGAGAAGAGGUCUCUACUAGCAGGAGACGCUUGUAGCACCGCCUGUCCUUUUGCAACCCAGUUCAGCAAUAAAGAAGCUUUGCUUUGGCUGCUGAGAAGAGGUA